CCGAGGGCGGGCGCAGUGCCCGGCGGGCGGCGCUCAGUCACACGCCAGCGGACUGAGGGAGGGAGGCGGGAGCAUGGCUGGCAGGUCCCUGCGGGCGGCCCGGCAUCACCUCAGCCCGCUGCUCUCGUUGGGCGCUCGGCGGCCCAGCAGAGAUUGCUUGUGUGUCUUCAGCACUGCGGCCCAGCAGAGGAGUACGGGAGAUGAGUGUGGACCAGAGGAUCCCCGCGAUGAGCCGAGGCAUCCCCUUUCUGAGCGAACUCUGGAGCUCAAAGCCAGCAAACUGGAAGAACAAGUCCGUGAUUUAACUGAGCGAUACCGGAAAGCGUUGGCAGAUUCGGAAAAUGUCCGGAGGAGAACACAGAAGUUUGUGGAAGAUGCCAAGCUGUUUGGGAUCCAGAGUUUCUGCAAGGACCUGGUGGAGGUAGCUGAUAUCUUGGAGAAGACUACUGAGAGCGCUGCAAGAGAAGCAGAGCCUAGUGACCCAAAACCAACCCUCAAGAAGAUCUGUGAAGGCCUGUCCCUCAUAGAGGCCAAGUUGCAAAGUGUAUUUGCCAAGCAUGGCCUUCAGAAGAUGAGCCCCGUCGGUGGCAAAUAUGAUCCAUACGACCAUGAAAUAGUCUGCCAUGUGCCAGCAGAGGGAAUGCAGCCCGGCACAGUGGCACUAGUGACUCAGGAUGGCUAUAAACUCCACGGCCGCACUAUCAGACACGCACAUGUUGGCGUGGCAGUAGAGUCGCAGGAGUGAUGUAGUGGGUGCACCCAUUGGGAUCUGAGCUGAGGACUCUGUCACACAGUGGCGAUAGCAGCUGCAUGUCUUUUCUUUAUUUAUUAAGCUAGGUUUGUAUUGUACAUUGGCUUCUUCACAACAUGUGCAGUAAUCUUGGCUUUAAUUC